GUUCCGACCCCUCUCUUCUUACCUGAGGCUGUAGUUAUACUGUGCACAGUCAGUUUUAAAAGCACUCUAAAGGAUCCAUAUGCGGUCAGCACGUUAUGUUAUUAUUCCUGGGAAACGCGACAUGGGCCAUAACGUUAUGCUUAACGAUAUGCCAAGAAUAGGAUAACGAGAAGUUGGAGGUAAAGGAAAACUACUUAUACAGCAGCACUGUGGCCGGAAUACAGAUAUACUCCCAACUUUGAUAUCAAUAAUCAGCCAGUGUCCCUUAUCCCGUCACACUAUUUACUCCCUUACAAUGAGCUUGUCCGGCAAGAUAGCUAUAGUGACCGGUGCUUCUCGCGGCAUCGGUGCUGGAAUUGCUUUAGAGCUUGCCAAACAGGAGGCAAAGGUGGUGCUUACCUAUGUGUCUGCCACGAGUGAGAAUGCCGUUGAUGACCUCAUACAUCGGAUACGUGGUUUAAACAACGGCUCCGAUGCCACCAAAGUGCGGAUCGACCUCCACAAGCCGGAAGCCCCCGAAACCAUCCUCUCAGCUACUUUCCGCGCGUUUCCCCUGAGCGAUAACAAGGUGGAUAUUCUUGUCAAUAACGCUGCACACUCACAUUGCAAGCUUCUCGCGGAUACGGAAAUGGAGGACUACACCUCUAUGUUCGAUGUGAACGUACGCAGCACGAUAUUUAUGACCAAGGCUGUGUUGCCAUAUCUACGUGCCCCAGGGCGUAUCAUCAAUAUUACAUCUGUUGCAGCUCGUCGGGGUUCCGUGGGGUUUUCCAUAUACUCGGCCACGAAAGCAGCUGUGGAAGGGUUCACCAGAGCCUUGGCAUGCGAGCUGGGACCAUAUGGUCAUACCGUCAACGCUGUUGCCCCCGGAGCCGUGGAGCCAGGGAUGCUUCGGGGAUCUGUACCGGAAGAAUUGGUGAAAUAUAUCUUGGACAGCACGCCUCUAGGGAACCGGGUAGGGACACCCGAGGAUAUUGCUCCCAUCGUGAGCUUCUUGGCCGAUCCAAAGGCGGGUUGGUUGACUGGUCAGACUCUAUGCCCAAGUGGGGGAAUGAACAUGGUUUGAU